ACAGCAAACUCUCCCUGUCCAUUUUAUAGGGUUUCCUCUUACUCCUCGGGAGAAUACUGCCGGAGCUCCGGUGAUCACCACUGUCACCGGCGAAGGAAAGUUCAUUUCCAUCCUGAAACUCAGUCAUUUCCUUGACGGAGGUUUCCCAAUCGAUUUGGUAAAAAGAUGAGCAGCUCAGAUGAGGAAUCAGAUUUCAGUGAUUCUGAGAUUAAUGAUUAUAUAGAGAAACCUUAUCAAGAACUGAGAACUGGAAAAUACAAAGUGAAGGGUCCAAAUGGGUCUCUCAGAUGCCCCUUUUGUGCUGGGAGGAAGAAGCAAGAUUACAAAUACAAUGAACUGCUUCAACAUGCUUCUGGUGCAGGUAAAGGUGCUCGUUUAGGUGCAAAACAAAAAGCAAACCACUUGGCUCUUGCAAAGUACUUGGAAUCUGACCUAGCUAAUGAGGCUGAGCCAGUACCCCCACGUGCUGUCACACCAGAGCGCACAGAAGCUGAGCAAACAGAAGUAUUUUGCUGGCCUUGGACUGCAGUUGUUGUCAAUAUAUCAAAAGAAACAGCAGAUGGAGAAUCUGUGGACGACAAGGAGUAUUGGUUGAAAAAAUUUUCCUUGUAUAAGCCCUUGGAAAUUGUGCUUUUCCAUGAUAACCAAGCGCUGGUGUCUGAAGCUAUUGUGACUUUUGAUAGGAAUUGGACUGGUUUCAAUAAUGCAAUGGAAUUUGAGAAAUCCUUUGAAGCCAGGCGCUGCAGUAAAAAAGAAUGGUGUGCCCAUAAAAGUUGCCCCAGUUCAAAUAUUUAUGGAUGGGUUACUCGGGAAGAUGAUUUUAGAGCAGAAGGGGCAAUAGGAGAAUAUCUCCGUGGAAAGGGGGAGUUAAAGACUAUAUCUGACCUGAUCAAGGAAGAAACCCAGGAUAGGAAUAAGGUCGUAGCUACUCUAGCUAACGAGAUUGAUAUGGAAAAUGAAAAUCUGGAUGAGCUGCAGAUACAGUUUAAUUUAAAGACGUUGUCUCUUAGGCAGAUGCUUGAGGAGAAAGACAUACUACAUCGUUCUUUCUUUGAAGAAACAAGGAAGAUGCAACGCCUUGCUCGGGAGCAUGUACAGAAGGUCCUACAUGAGCAGGAGAUGUUAAGUGUAGAGCUGGAGAGGAAGAAGAAGCAGCUAGAUAUUUGGAGCAGAGAAUUGAACAAACGUGAGACCUUAACUGAAAGAGAAAAGCAAAAGCUGGAUGAGGAGAAGCAAAAGAAUGACGUAAGAAACUCUNCAGCUGUGCAAAAUAAAAUCAAGGAGAUGAACGAGGAGCUGGUUGGGAAAAUGGAAGAAAUGGAAGACUUGGAAUCCUUGAAUCAAACCCUUCUAGCGAAGGAGCGCAGGAGUAAUGAUGAGCUACAAGAUGCUCGGCGCACAUUAAUUACGGGAUUGAAUGAGCUCUUGACCAGCGGGCGCUCCCAUAUUGGGAUAAGAAGAAUGGGGGAAAUCGAGUCAAAAGCUUUUCAGAAUGCAUGCAAGCAAAGGUUCCCAAAUGAGGAAGCUGAGAUCAAGGCUUUAGAACUGUGUUCUCUUUGGCAGGAAAAAAUAAAAGACUCUGAUUGGCAUCCAUUUAAAACUUUCAUGGUUGACGAGUCCAAGGCUGAGAAAGUGAUCGAUGAGGAUGAUGAAGCGCUAAAAAAGCUCAAGGAGGAAUGGGGGGAUGAAAUUUACAAUGCGGUAACUGAAGCUCUAAAGGAGAUUGAGGAAUACAAUCCCAGUGGCAGAUAUGUGAUCCCUGAGAUGUGGAAUUCCAAGGAACAAAGGAAGGCCACACUAAAGGAAGCAAUCAGCUUCAUUUUCAAGCAAUUGAAGACACAUAAGAGGAAGAGAUGAUAACAAGGUGCUCAUAUAUUGUCUUCCAUUUCAAAUGGAAUAUCUGCUUACAUCUUCACUUGCUCUGUUUCAUGCAUUGUAGUGCAGUGUCUUGUUAGUGGUUCAUUACAUAGUUGCUGAUGAUGUAGGAGACUCUUUGGCAACAGAUGCUAUGAGAGUUUACGUGGUGGAAAUUGGACAUCUCACUAUGAAAUUAGUACGUUGCUAGCGCUCAAGUAUUCUUCGUGGUGGUUGUAAAAUCUGUAUCUCUGACUAGUAGUGAAAGAUGAUUUCCCAUGUGGUUGGAGUAAGGACGUUCUAAGUUGAUGAUUGCUGAAUCUCAGAUUAGCAAACGUGUGAAAUUGAAAACUAGAAGUCCUUUUUUUUUGUUUGAGU